AUGAAAGAAAUUGAAGACAAAAAUAUUUUUCUUGAAAAUAAAUUGAAAGAAGAGAAAGAGAAAAUUCAAAAAAUAAAAAUUGAUAAUCAUCAAAAAGAUGAGAAAAUAAAUUCGUUGGAAAAGGCAAAUGAAUUAAUUAACAAGAAGGUUGAUGCUUUAACAAUCGAAUUGGAACAAUUAAAAAAUAAGGCUUGUAUAUUUUUGAAUUUUAUUUCAAUUGAAAAUAAAUGGAAAGAAAUCGACUUUAGUUACAGGAGUGAUUUUAAAUGUUGUGAAAAUAAAUGUAUAAGAACAAAUAAACCAAUUGGAAAUUGUAUUAAGGGGAAUGGAUUUGUUAAUUUAAUUAAUGAUGAAAAUAUUAAAUAUAUUAAAUGUGGAAAAGGGAAAGGCGUAAAUAAAUCUUGUUUAAUUAUUGCUGAAAAUUCUUUCAAAGAACCUCCAGACAGCAAUAAUUACUUUCUAUUUUAUUUUGAAAUUAAAUGUACAAAAAUUGAGGGGUUAUUAAAUAAUGAUAAAAAUUUAAUGUUUAUUGGACUCAAAAUGGGAGAUGAGUAUGAAUAUAUUCGAUUUGGGGCAGAUUGUGCUUCAAUUUUAGAUAACUACGAUAAUUUUAAUAUUCCACAAUUUACUUGGAAUAAUAGCGAUGUUUUUGGUUGCGGACUAGUUUAUCCGCCUGAUGAUGAUACUUAUGUUUUCUUUACUCAAAAUGGAAAACAAAUUGGCAAAGCCGUAUAUUUAACGGAUGGUAGUAACUCAUAUACGCCGUAUGUUGCACUCAAUUGUUGUUCUGUGGAAACGAAUUUUGGAAAUAAUUUGGAGACUAAACCUUUUGUUUAUGAUAUUUCAAAGCAUUUAGUUACAGAAUAUUAUUGA